CAACCCACUUCGACAUCACCAACUCACCAGCAGUCAAGAUGCCGAGCCAGAAGUCAUUCCGCACUAAGACCAAGCUUGCCAAAGCGCAGAAGCAGAACCGCCCGAUCCCACAAUGGAUUCGCCUCCGAACGGGCAACACCAUCAGAUAUAACGCCAAGCGACGACACUGGCGCAAGACCCGCAUCGGCAUCUAAACGCCUCGCCCCAAUCUUCUCUCGAUUCUCAGUCUCCUUCGUCACACGUCAAAAUCAUCAUGGGAACGGAUUUUUCGGUCACGAAUAGCGGAUGUGUUGGAGUGCGCUUAUGCGUGAAGCCAGAAAGGUGGAGCGGGCGUUCGUGGUUCUCGGCUGGUGAAUAAAGCCGCCGACACGAUUCUCUGGCGAUUUGGGAACAUGUGGAUUCUAGGCAGUGAUAACGAAUACACUUGCUGGUCCGCGAUGAAGUCGUUGGUCUGCAGUACAUGCUCGUGUGAUUUUACCAGUCGAGGGUCUCAAAGGCUCAUACUCCCUUACGCACGGAGGCAUUCCAGG